CGUUGACGUGAUAUUAUUAAGCUGUCAAGAGAAUAUGAAGUGCUCAGAUAAUGUGAUAAAAUAUAAAUAAACCUUCACAAUAGAUUUAUCUCAGUUCAAGUCCAAGAUCAUUAUGGGGCGGUUGAUAAUUUUCUUAUCCUUGUUGGUGUGUGCCUCAAUUGUGCACAGUAAAGUUGCGGAACGUCAUGAGAUAAGAAAAUUCCCGGAGGGAUUUCUAUUCGGUACUGCGACAGCUUCUUACCAAGUGGAAGGAGCCUGGAACUUAGACGGAAAAACGGAAAACAUAUGGGAUCAUUUAACACAUACAAAACCAUGCAAAAUCCUGGAUUGUUCGAACGGUGACAUCGCAGACGAUUCUUACCAUCAAUACAAACGUGAUGUGGAAAUGAUGAGAGAACUGGGCUUGGAUUAUUACAGAUUCUCGCUUUCGUGGGCAAGAAUACUUCCAACAGGUUUCCCAGAUCAAAUAAACCAAGCUGGUGUUGAUUAUUACAACAAUCUUAUCAACGAAAUGCUGAAGUAUAACAUUGAGCCCAUGAUUACGUUGUACCACUGGGAUUUGCCACAAAAGCUGCAAACACUUGGAGGUUGGGCAAAUCCAAAUAUUGUUGAUUGGUUUGGAGAUUUCGCAAAAAUCUCUUAUGAACUUUUUGGUGAUAGAGUUAAAUAUUGGAUAACUAUCAAUGAACCUUACCAGAUUUGUAAUAACGGUUACGGAGAUGGUUCAAAAGCGCCACUUCUAGAAUACAGUGGCAUUGCUGACUAUAUGUGCGCGAAGAAUUUGCUUAUGGCACAUGCCAGGGCCUAUCACAUUUACGAUAAGGAGUACAGAACUGAAGAUGGUGAAAUUUUUAUUGCUUUUAGCGCACAAUGGUAUGAACCAGAGAGCGAGGAACACGAGGAAGCAGCGAGGGACCUAAAUCAAUUUAUGUGGGCGCAAUACGUUCACCCGAUAUUUUCAAAAACUGGCGAUUUCCCACCUAUCAUGAAAGAAAGAGUAGCUGAAAAAAGUAGGGAGCAAGGAUUUGCGAGAAGUCGAUUGGUAGAGUUUACUCCCGAAGAAAUUGAAUAUGUGCGAGGCACGUCUGACGUUUUUGGGUUGAAUCAUUACUCAACGCUUUUGUCGUACAGAAACGAGAGUCUUAACAGUCGAUUCGCUGUACCGUCACUGAAUGACGAUGUAGGAGCUGCAACAUAUCAGUUAAGUGAAUGGAAAAUUGGAGAAUCUGAGAAAGUUAUGACAGUGCCAUGGGGAUUCUACAAGCUGUUGACACAAAUCCGUGAGGACUACGACAACCCUCCUGUUUACAUAACAGAAAAUGGCUUCGCGACUUACGGCGGCUUGGAUGAUGAUCAUCGCGUGGAGUACUACAGAGGAUACCUGUCCGCCAUGCUGGAUGCUAUGGAUGAAGGCUCUGAUAUCAGGGCCUAUACUGCAUGGAGUUUGCUGGACAAUUUUGAAUGGCGUUACGGUUAUACUGAACGCUUCGGUCUCUACGAGGUAGACUAUGAAAGCCCAGAGCGAACACGUACGCCGAGAAAGUCUGCUUACGUGUAUAAAGAGUUGGUUAGAACACGCGCCUUGGACCUUCAUUACGAGCCUGACAUGUCGAAACCACUAACGAUUGACGAAGGGCAUUGAUUCAAUAAAAACAUUUGAGCAUUUACCGUUUAU